ACGGUUUCCUGGGUUCGCAAGGCGUACGUGGCCCAGGACGAUGCCCUAGUGACGACACUGACCGUGAGGGAAGCGGUGUACUACUCGGCUCUCCUCCAGCUCCCGGAUUCCAUGCCAGAAUUCGAGAAACGGGAGAGAGCCGAGGCUACCAUCAAAGAGAUGGGGCUGAGUGACGCGAUCGACACAAGGAUCGGCGGGUGGAACGUGAAAGGGCUCAGUGGGGGCCAGAAGAGAAGGGUAAGCAUCUGCAUCGAGCUUCUGCGGCGGCCGAGGCUGCUGUUCCUGGACGAGCCCACGAGCGGCCUCGACAGCGCGGCCUCGUACCACGUAAUGAAACGCAUCGUGGGACUCGCCCAGCACGAGAGGAUAAGCGUGGUUGCAUCCAUUCACCAACCAAGUUCUGAGGUUUUCGAGCUUUUCCAUAACCUUUGCCUUCUCUCUUGUGGCCAGACUGUUUAUUUUGGCUCCAUUUCAUCAGCAAAUGAGUUUUUUGAAACAAAUGGAUUCAUAUGCCCACCUAAGAGGAAUCCUUCUGAUCAUUAUUUGAGAACAAUUAAUCAAGACUUUGAUUUGGAUAUCGAACAAGGGUUUGCAAAGGAAGCUAUUAAUGUUUUGGUUGAAGCCUAUGAGACUUCAGAUAUAUCCAGACAAGUGAAACAAUUUGUGGAUGAAAUAAAACUACAGAAGAAUGGACGGUUGGAGAAGAAAGGGAAACAAGCUGGAUUGAUUAGACAAUGUGCAGUAUUAACAAGAAGAUCAUGUUUGAACAUGUUUCGUGACGUGGGAUAUUACUGGUUUCGUUUUGGAAUAUAUGUUGCUUUGUGCUUAUGCGUGGGAACCGUUUUUCAUAAUAUUGGCUCUACAUAUAGUUCCAUUCAGGCGAGGGCUUCAGUGUUGGUUUUUAUUUCAUCUUUCAUGACAUUUAUGGCAAUUGGAGGCUUCCCUUCUUUUGUUGAGGAUAUGAAAAUAUUCACGCGCGAGCAUCUCAAUGGGCACUACAGUGUGGCUGCAUUCGUGGUCGGAAACACCAUCUCCUCCUUCCCGUACCUUCUUCUCGUAACGGUUAUUCCCGGAGCGAUGGCGUACUACCUCGUGGGCCUCCAGCAAGACGCCAGCCGCUUUGCUUAUUUCGUGCUACUCCUCUUGAGCUGCAUGAUGCUGGUGGAGAGCCUGAUGAUGACGGUGGCGACCCUCGUGCCCAACUUCCUCGUCGGGAUCAUUGCCGGGGCCGGAAUCCAGGGUAUCAUGAUCCUUAACGACGGCUUCUUCCGGCUGCCCAACGACGUACCGAAGGUCUUCUGGAAGUUUCCGGUUUACUACAUCUCCUUCCAAAGAUACGCCAACGAAGGCUUCUACAAGAAUGAGUUCGAGGGGCUGAUGGUGCCCGACGGGCAGUCCGGGCAGAUCAGAGGGGAGGAGAUUUUAAGGCGUGUUUGGCAGAUGGAAAUGGGGCGGUCCAAGUGGGGGGAUUUGGGUGUGAUUAUUGGGAUGGUGGUGGUUUAUAGGUUGAUGUUUUGGGUGAUUGUGAUGGCGGCAGAUGUUUUAAAGCCUAUGAGUAGAGCUAUUUUGGCGCGAUUAGCCACACGAAGGACUAAUGUGGAAGAUUAGAUUAUGAAUAAGAAGAAGAAGAAGCCAUCAAUAAUCAAUGAAGAAACUAAACUAGCCAUGCAAGAAGACCCAAAUGAGUUGGUGCUAUUGUGUUUCUUAUUAUUACUACUCCACUUAUUUGUUUGUAGCUAAGCUAUGUUACCAGAGACUACAUGUCCCAACUCAGAAUGUCAUGAAGGAAACAUCAAGAGAAAUGCAAAUCAAUCCAGUCUUUCUUGUCUGAGAGCAUUGUGGUUCAUGUUGUUUGCCUCAGUAUAAGACAAAAUAUUUGUAGCACAUUAGAGACUAGCAAAAUUUGCUACUUCAAUCCUAAUUAAUAAUUUUUCCUCUAUACUAAUUCAUCCUUAAUUACAUGAGUUGAGCAAUAAUAUAUUUAUAUAAAUGGAGGGGCGAUCAUUUUUUGGCUUGAUAAUCAAUUAAACUCUCUCGGAGCGGCUAUUGGAUAUAGUGAUGUAAGCAUUAGAGAACACACGCCUUACUAGGGAGGCUUAAACCCUUCAUAAAUUUUUUAUUAUUAUUAUUUUAGUUGUAUUAUAUUAUAAUUUUGUUAGUAUUUUGCGUAAAAUGAUGUGCAAAAACCCACCAAAACAAUAAAAUCUUGGAAACU